AUGCCGUCGUAUCGGCCUUCGCAAAUUUUGCUGUCCACGAAGGUCCUUCCGUGCUGUCAGGCUGAUCGGCCGAGGCAACCAAGCCACUUCCCGGUCAUUUCCAAACUUCCUUGCUCGACACCGGAGGGCGCACCUAACGGGAGACCUGCAAAGGCAGGAGUGGGCCUAGGGAGUCUAAAUGGUGAUAAGAAACACUGCUGGAUCGCGUACAAGGAAGUAGGCACACUGUUGGAUUCACUAACGCACCCUGGCAUCGUCCUACGAGCACUGGUGAGUGCCGCAAGUGGUACGACCCUGUCUCUGGUUGCAUUUGAUGUCGCAUUUAUACUCAAGGACCUGGCCAGGACUCGAAUGGAGGGUUUGAACACUGCCAAAGUAACGGAUAUGGAAUACGCAAAGAUUUUUCUGUCCGAUCCGGGCGGUACUGCUGUUUUCAUGCCAGUUGAAAUCCAAGCACAGAGUUAUUUAUUUCCUCUACCCAUCGUUAGCUGCGAUACAGACGAAGCGGAUGAGUAUCCCAUCUUUGGGGAGCCUGAGACCGAAGGAAUUGAAGAUGGUUCCUCCGCUCUUGAAGACCAGAUUCGCAUUACGUCCCCCACAACUUCCUCCACGACCUAG